UAAAACAAAUCGGAUCAACGUAUGACCCGACUCGAACAAAACCUCUUAAACCCUUGCUCUCCCCUUUCCUUUCAAUCUCUUUUACACAGCACUUGAAGCGAUCAGCUAGUUGUCUGAACUGAAAAUGAAUUCACUCGCUGCUAAAUUUGCCAAGUCAUUAAGAGUCUCUGUUCCUGCUACGCCUUUCUCUUCACUAGUGGUGGGUGUGCAAAGGAGCUCAAAGAUGUGGUAUUCAAGUGAGUCUCUUGAUGACAAAGAUGGUCAGAAGAGUGAUGAAAUGGAAGAAGAGUUUGAUGAUUAUCUUGGUGUAAAGCCUGAGUUACAACCCCAUGGUGUGAAUCCUAAAAGGGGUUGGAAUUUUCGUGGUGUGCAUAAGGCAAUAAUAUGUGGAAGAGUUAAAGAUGCUCCUGUGCAAAAAAUAUUGAGAAAUGGCCGAACUGUAACCAUCUUUUCAGUUGGAACAGGGGGGAUGUUUGAUCAAAGACUUGUAGGAGUAGAAAACUUGCCAAAACCUGCACAGUGGCAUAGAAUUGCUGUGCAUAAUGAAUCACUUGGGGUGUAUGCAGUUCAACAACUUGCUAAAAACUCUUCAGUUUAUGUUGAGGGUGACAUCGAAACCAGAGUAUACAAUGACAGCAUUAAUGGUGAAGUUAAGAAUGUCCCUGAGAUAUGUGUUCGUAAUGAUGGGACAAUUCGCCUUAUAAAGACUGGGGAAAGCAUCAGCAACACCAAAAUAUCCUUUGAGGAUUUGCGAGAAGGAUUGUUUUAACUGAAAGUCAGUAGACACAUUGUUGGAAAGCUAUUUGUGGAAAGAGAAAGCAGCUGGAGCUUCUAACUUUUGUAAUAAAUACAUAAUUUCAGGCUGUCUAAUUGCAAUUGUCCAGGACAAAUGAUUGUUUAGUUGUUCAUUGUUUCUGUUCAUGACAUAGUUUCAGGUUAUCUUUUCAACCCAUAUUCUAUCCUCUGAAAGCUAUUAUUUCUGCCUGCUCUCCCUUUCCCUCUUCUUAUUGUUUCAGAAUGAAAGAGGCAAUUUUAUUGAAGGGAUUCGAUACAAUAAUUGUAAAAGCCAGUCUAUCAGUUGGAUUAGUAUACUUGCAGAAUGUUUUGUGCCCCUUUUGGCUUCAUUGUUUUACAGCUUAAGGCAGUGUGAUUUUUUUGGUAAUCAGAAUAUUCAUUUCAGUCUU